AUGGGCUGCAAGGGCUCCAAGCUCGACAGCCAGGAGGCGGUGGCGCUCUGCCGCGGCCGCGCCGACCUCAUCGCCGCCGCCGCGCGCCACCGCUACGCGCUCGCCGACGCGCACGCCGCGCUCGCGGGCUCCUACCACUCCCUCGCCGCGCCGCUCCACCUCCUCCUCCAGCUCCAGGCCCCGACGCCGCACCUCGCGCUACCUUCCAACCGCAAGGGCGGUCGUGGCGCGCGGCAGCCGCCUUCCUCGUCCGUCCCGGACCGCCAUUACCCCACCUCCUCGCACGUGCGCUGCGAGUCCUCCUCCUCCUCCUCCUCCUCGGGAUCCGAGUCGCCCUCCUCGCCGCCCGAGUCGCCCACGCGCCGCUUCCUCCUCCCCGAGCAGCAGCGGCACCCGCUCCCACAGCCGGACUACUUCCCGUACGCGCCCGACCCAGCGUUCGCCUACCAGCCGCCCGCCAACCCCGCGUUCGCCUACCCGCCGCCCGCCAACCCCGCGUUCGCCUACCCGCCGCAGAGCACGCUGCAGUUCUACUACGCGCGCAGCCGCCCGCCCCCGGCCUCCGUCGCCGUCGCGCAGCGCGCGCCGGUGUCCGCGCGGGCGCGCUACGGCGCGUUCGACGCCGCUACUGGCGGCGGCCACCCGCAGCCGCAUUACUACCCCUACGGCGGCGAGCCGGCCGCGCCGCAGCAGAGGGCGCCGGUGGCACAGCCUCCACCUCCGCCGCCUCGGGAGAACUCGUGGGACUUCCUCAACGUGUUCGAGAACUACGACGACUCGUACGAGAGCAGCUACUACUACAACCCCGCCGCCGCGGCGGCCGCCGCGUACACGCCGAGCCGCAGCUCGCGGGAGGUGCGGGAGGAGGAGGGCAUUCCGGAGCUGGAGGAGGACGACGAGGAGGUCGUCGUCGUCAAGGAGAUGGCCAGCGAGUACUCCACCGUCGGCACCAGCCGCCCAAACCGCCACGGCUCCGUCGGUGCUGCCAAUGCCUUCGCGGAGCUCGACAAGCCGAGGAACGCGCGACGGAGGCCACCGGCGUACCGCAAUGUGGCCGCGCCGGUACCGGAGCCGCCGGCGCGGAGGGUCUUCGACAGUGCGGUUGAUCCUGCAGGCGCGAUGAAGACGCAGCUCGUUCGGGUGGCGGAGGCGGCCAGGGAGCUCGCGCCGCUGCUCGAGGUCGGGCGGCCGAGCUACCAGGGGCGCAGCUCGGUUUACCACGCUGCUUCAUCACGGAUGAUGUCUGCAAUCUCUGUGCCGCAUCUGGGGUGCAGGGACGUGGACACGUUGGGCAUGGGAGUUGCUGAGGAACCCAAGGUGGUGGGAUCGUGGAGCCUAUCCUUGACACUAGAGAAGCUAUAUUUCUGGGAGUCCAAGCUGUAUGGUGAGGUCAAGGCUGAGGAAAAGAUGCGCUUACUUUUAGCCAAGAACUCUAAGCGACUGAAGCUUUUAGAUCAAAGGGGUGCUGAACCUCAGAAGAUUGAUGCAACUCGAAAUUUGCUCAGGAAAUUGUCAACAAAGAUAAAAAUAGCCGUGCGUGUCAUUGCCAAGGUUUCAAGAAAGAUUAACAAAGUAAGGGAUGAGGAACUAGGGCCGCAAGUUAAUACCUUGAUCCAAGGGUUUGAAAAAAUGUGGCAAGACAAGCUACAGUCCUACCAGAUUCAGUUUCAAUUGAUGUCAGAAGCCAAAAACUUGGCUUCGGUUAUAUCAGGUGGAAACAGCCGUGAUUUGGCAAUGGAGCUGGAACUAGAACUGAUUAAAUGGAUUAUCAAUUUUUCCUCUUGGGUGAGCGCACACAGGAACUUCGCAAAGGCACUGAAUGGAUGGCUAGCACUCUGCCUCAGCUACGAGCCUGGGACAGCACCUACUUACUCACCUGGGAAAAUAGGGGCUCCAUUGAUCUUUGUCAUCUGCAACAGAUGGUCUCAAGCUAUGGACCAGAUUUCAGAGAAGGAUGUGGUCAAUGCAAUGCAAGCUCUCGUGUCCAGCGUGCGCCAUCUCUGGGAGCCGCAAAAUCUCGAUCCAAGCGAAAGAAUCGUUGCGAUUAGAGAAAGGGAGAAGUGGACCAAGAUGUUGGAAAGGAAGGCGUUAGAGAUGAACAAGGAAGCCGAUGAACUAAACAGGAAGCUGGCCUUAGUGCCAGGCCAGCAGAGUUUUCAACGGCGUCCAACAAUACAAACAUACGAGGCUCAUCGUAUUGAAGUAAGCAGCGUGCACACAAAUCUGAGGCUGGUCGUUCAAGCUCUGGAGAACUUCGCUGCCGAUUCCCUACAAGCUUUCCAGGAGAUACUGAGAGAAGCUGAUGAGGCAACAAGGCCGUCAAGGGAGAAUUCGAGGGUACGGUGACUGGAAGUGAAGUUCGAAGACCAAUUCCUGCUUUUGAGAUGUUAGCAUUUCACAAUGUGUGGUUUAGAUGAAUACUAUGUAGUUUCCUGCUAAUUGUGGCCUGGUAGCGUUUUGGUGUGAGGUUCGGGCGAUGCCGGUAUCCUCUUGUAAUUAGCUUUUGUUUCACUGAAACGUUUGUGGGCUGCACCUUGUGUAAGAUAAAGGCUAUGGUAGUAU